AUGAGCAAAUUGUACAUUCAAAAUGUAUUACCUACAGAAAUCUUAACUGGCAUCACUAAACGCAUAAGAUACCCUAAGAACUUAAUCUUAUGCUGCAGAAGACUGGCAAUAAUAUUUAAAGACCCUCAAGUGAAAGCAGAAUGGAUUAUUUAUCAAUUUGGUGCUGCAAAUUGUCUUUUUUAUGCCAUCCAAUUAGGUCCUUCAUUUUUAGAUGUAGCGGUUGCGCAGGCAAUAAUCGCGAAAGGGGGCAUAAUUUCUAGAUAUUCCAUUCAGAGAAUUCAUUUGAAUUUCGGUUGUUAUGAUCAGAAGUUAAUAGAACUAAAAGCUGCUCACGGGAUGGCCUCAGUACAAUCAAGUAAAAUAAUUCCUUGGGCUAGUAAUUUACAUAUUUCUGUUUAUAUGUUUUUAUUAAAAGCAGCAUCAGACAUAUAUAAUCAUGAUCUAUGCUUAAAAGGCGAUGAUAUGAAAUUAUUUCACUUUUUAUUAGGCAGACCUUAUACAACGCACUAUUCUCCACUUGUAAUGGCAAAAAAUAUGGACCAAAUUAAAGAUCUGAUAUUACAUUUCAAAUUCAUUCCGCUCCCAUCAAGAAAAGAAAAGAAUUCUAUUGAAGAAUAUCCUUCUAAAUAUGGACACAAAAAUAAACGACAACUUAACGUUAUCGCACGUGUCGUCCUUAUCUGUAAAGAUAUCGUGCCUUUGUGGAAAGAAAUCGGUUAUUAUGAAAUCUGUCAUGAUGUAAACGAUCUAGUAAUGCAAGGAGCCCUCCUUAUUAUUUUCCCACCUACUCCGUCUUCUGGGUGGUUAAAGCCUGACAUUAAAAUCAUUAAUGCGCGAUUAACUGAACUAAUUGAGCUCGGAUUUCAAUUAACUUAUCAUGUCAUUAUUGAAAUUUUUCUCGGUUUCGAAAGUAGAUUAGAACAAAUUGGCAUCAUUUUAAUAGAAUCAUUUGCAGACAUUAAGCACGAAUCGCGCGUAAAUUUUUUGCGCAAAUGUUUAAUAGAAACAUUUAAUCCAAAAUUAAAGUUUAAAAAUCAAAAUAUUUUAAAUUUUUUUUAUAAAUAUCUUCCCGAUUCUUCUGAUAUAGAAUUUAAUAGAGCAUUCGAAUUUUAUUCAAACACUUGGUGCAAAACCAAUACUUAA